AUGAAGAAUAUAAGUUAAACAGUCGAUGUAAGAAACCAUUCAAAAAAGGAAGAUAAAGAAAAUUUAAUUUUCUAUUCAUCCAUUAAAGAUAAAUUACCUAAGCCUAAUCCUAUUCUAAUUUAAUAACUUCAUUUAAACAAAGUAAAUUCAAUAUUACCAUUAAAAAAAAAGUAUUUAUAUUUUAGUUAUAUUAUUUAGUUAUUUAGAAGCAAAUGAAUAAGAAGCAACUUAUAAAACAGUGAUUUAAUAAUAAGAAUAAGAAUGUAUAACCUAAAAGCCAAUUACUCUUUAAGCUUUUUUAAAACCCUUCAAAUUAAUAUACCAAAAAUAUUAACCAUAACAGAACCAAAAUUUAUAUGCAACUCUACUUCAUUAACAUGGAAAUACUUUUGAUACUUCUCAUUAUUAUUAAAAUUAAGAUGAGAAUAUUAAAUUUGAUUCUCUAUUUGAAAGUGGGAACUUAUUCUAAGUAUUCAAAGUAUUUCUAUAAUAUCUAACUAGAAAAGCGAUCACGAUUAUUUCUUACUCCUAUAAAAUGAUAUUAAUACAAAAGGNCAGGAAAACCAACAAUGGUUCCUGAUCAUGGAAGUUAAAAGCUCUAAUAAUAUUGGACAGAAGAACAUGCAAAGAAAGAAUGAAUGA